AUGGGUAAGGAAAAGAUGCACAUCAACGUGGUCGUUAUCGGCCACGUCGAUUCCGGCAAGUCCACCACCACUGGUCACUUGAUCUACAAGUGCGGUGGUAUUGACAAGCGUACCAUCGAGAAGUUCGAGAAGGAAGCCGCCGAACUCGGUAAGGGUUCCUUCAAGUACGCGUGGGUUCUUGACAAGCUCAAGGCCGAGCGUGAGCGUGGUAUCACCAUCGAUAUCGCUCUCUGGAAGUUCGAGACCCCCAAGUACUACGUCACCGUCAUUGAUGCCCCUGGUCACCGUGAUUUCAUCAAGAACAUGAUCACUGGUACCUCCCAGGCUGACUGCGCUAUUCUCAUCAUUGCCGCUGGUACUGGUGAGUUCGAGGCUGGUAUCUCCAAGGAUGGCCAGACCCGUGAGCACGCCCUCCUCGCCUACACCCUUGGUGUCAAGCAACUCAUCGUCGCCAUCAACAAGAUGGACACCACCAAGUGGUCUGAGGCCCGUUACCAGGAAAUCAUCAAGGAGACCUCCAACUUCAUCAAGAAGGUCGGAUACAACCCCAAGACUGUUGCCUUCGUUCCCAUCUCCGGAUUCAACGGUGACAACAUGAUUGAUGUCUCUACCAACUGCCCAUGGUACAAGGGAUGGGAGAAGGAGACCAAGGCUGGCAAGUCCACUGGUAAGACCCUUCUCGAGGCCAUUGACGCCAUCGACCCCCCCACCCGUCCUACCGACAAGCCCCUCCGUCUUCCUCUCCAGGAUGUCUACAAGAUCGGUGGUAUUGGCACGGUGCCCGUCGGUCGUGUCGAGACCGGUAUCAUCAAGGCCGGUAUGGUCGUCACCUUCGCCCCCGCUGGUGUCACCACUGAAGUCAAGUCCGUUGAGAUGCACCACGAGCAACUUGCCGAGGGUGUCCCAGGUGACAACGUUGGUUUCAACGUCAAGAACGUCUCCGUCAAGGAAAUCCGUCGUGGUAACGUUGCUGGUGACUCCAAGAACGACCCUCCCAAGGGUGCCGACUCCUUCAACGCCCAGGUCAUUGUCCUCAACCACCCCGGUCAAGUUGGUGCUGGUUACGCUCCAGUUCUUGACUGCCACACUGCCCACAUUGCUUGCAAGUUCUCUGAGAUCUUGGAAAAGAUUGAUCGUCGUACCGGAAAGUCCAUUGAGGCUUCCCCUAAGUUCAUCAAGUCUGGUGAUGCUGCCAUCGUGAAGAUGGUUCCAUCCAAGCCUAUGUGUGUUGAGGCCUUCACUGACUACCCUCCUCUUGGACGUUUCGCCGUUCGUGACAUGAGACAAACUGUCGCUGUCGGUGUUAUCAAGAGCGUUGAGAAGUCUGACAAGGCUGGCAAGGUCACCAAGGCCGCUGUCAAGGCUGGUGCAAAGAAAUAA